AUGCGUCUGGUGUACAUCGCGGCGGCGGCUCUGGUCGUCUCUUGCACUUGCAUCGAUGCGUUCGCGACUGCUGCUAAGUCGAAAGCUGAUAUCGAGCCGGACGUCGCUCGAGUGGAUGGCGCGGCGGAUGACCAUGUCGACAAAGCAGACACGGAGAGGCUUACGAAAGCGGCUGAAGCGCAAGGAGACCCAUUGGCAUUACGACCUGAAGAUGAGGCGAGGAACGUGGGUGGCGGUAUGAAGAAUCUGCUUGUCAAGGGGGUGGACUCUACUGCUGGGAAAGCGGUGGACCUGGUGAUGCUUGCUGCGGUCAGGGCUCAAAGUCGAAAGAAGAUGCUUUCCAUGGCGGAUCCGAACAAGAUCGACAAGCCUCGCAGAAUGCUGGACCCAGUCUGGAAAGCGGCAGCCAAGAAUCCGACGCUCAAAAAGAUCAAUGGCAAGGGCGCGAAUGCUGUGAACAAGAUCAAAAACCUGAAGAUUGGGCGUGCGAGCGUUCGUGAUCGCUACAAGAUGGCCCAAUUCAAAACGUAUUUCAAAAAAGGCCUUACUCCGAAUGAUUUCAAGUUCUUGAAGAGCAUAAAGAAGGCCAAACCAACGACAAGAGACGAGUUGGUGAGGCAGUACUCCGUGUACUACGCGGGGCGACAAGGGAAGGCGGCUCGAAAAAAAGCUGCCAAAUCUGAUGCUGCCAACAUAAAAAUAGCUCGUGCAGCAGUUCGUAAACGAGAGAAAGUCGAUGCAGCUGCUGAAGCUGCUGAUAGGAAAGGUGCUGCUGCUGCUGCUGCUAGGAAUGCUGCUGCUGUUGCUUAG